AUGAAUGGAUUUUUGACAACAACUACUCUUCGUUCAACUGCAUUGAAGCAAGCAAUGAAACCUUUGAAACAAACUGAUCUGAUUCCUGUUCUCCUAGAACUUCAAUUCAAUCUACAACAUCUCGGCAACCGUGUCAUUGUUGCUGAAACUUCUCAAUACAAUGAAAUUUCAUGUGAAGAACAGGAAGAUAUUAUCUGCAAUUCAAAUGUCACUUUUCGAUUGGAAAGUGUCAUAAUGAAUGAACAAAUGUAUUUGAUUAAAAUUAGUGCAUCAAAUGAAGGUCACCUUAUUCAAGAAAAAUAUAUUAAAGACUCACAUCGUCAAAUGGAAGAUAUAAGUAUUAGAAUUCUCUUUGGACGAUUGAUGUGUGAUAUGGGUCAAUGGGAUCAAUCACAACAUUUCUUCGAAAAUUUAUUGAAUAAUUUGAAUUACUACAAUGAAGACCUUGCAAAGAUUGAACGUAGUCUGGAUGAAGUUCUUCAAUGGAAAGAAGCACAGAAAUAUUAUGAUCGUGCUUAUAAUCGAAUAAUGAAUACAAAAUCAAUAAGGAUUAAGGAUUUAGCUUAUAUACUCUUCGAUAUUGGCGAGCUACUCCAUCUGCAAGGGAGAUAUGAGGAAGCGCGUGAAUAUUUUGAAUGA